CAUCACAUCACUGACAUCAUUAAUAUAGAGAAGAUGAUAUAAAACGCAAUAUUUGGCGGGUGAAGUAAAAUUUGAAAAAGAUAGGACUCGCUUAAAAUUUAAGGCGCAGUGUAUUAUAGAUUUUAAAGAAGCCAAGCGGAGUUAUAGGGUGCAACCUACAUAAAAAUUCAAUUGAACAAAAACGAAAUAUCGUCAAAAUGCCUUUCUACGCAGUUGCAAAUGGACGAAAAGUGGGAGUGUACACCAGCUGGGCUGAAUGUGAGCAGCAAGUGAAAAAAUUUAGCGGCGCAAUUUUCAAGAAGUUCCCAUCCCUCUCGGAAGCGACAGAUUAUUUGAUACAACAGCAAGCAAACAUAUUACAUGAAAAUCUUGAGAAAGAGGCUGGUUGUAGUGCCAUGGCAAGUGGGUUCGCAGUGAAUAUUAAGCAAGAGGAACCCGAAUAUAUUCCUCUACAAACAACAGACGUUUUGACGCCAAAAAUAAAACAAGAACCCAAGGGCGAUGGCAUGUGGUUUGAGGAUGCCAAGGGCGAUGAUGAGCUGUUGGCGGCGCUUGNCUCAAUAGACAUAAAAUGGGCUGAUGCCCGUAAGGAAGCUGGUGCCUCGAAGCAUAUGCGUGGUGUGAAAAGGUUGGCCGCAAUCGGUACAGAGGAGUACCUUGAUAAGCAUCCCAGUAAGGAUGACAGCUUUUCUAUGGAUUUAGAUUACUUUGAUUUUUAUUAAAUUGUCCCUCAGCUGGUCUUAGUGCCCUCGGAUAGAUAUUUUUGUGAUAGAUGUAAUCGUAAAUUUUGAAAAAAAUUCAUUUUAUGAAACCUUUGCGAGCAUUCGAUCGACUCCUGGGAAUGCUGACAUAUGUAUAUACAUACAUAUUUUCGGUGUUUGCCAAUGCGAAUUCGCCUUAAUGUUUUACAUACCAAUUUUUUCAUGAAAUUAAUUAAAGGAUUUCUCGAUUUAAAGUAGUUAUAUUAAGUAUUCGAGUUUUUUGUCUUGUGAAUUUCGAUAUCCUUUAUCUUGUCCUGAAAGUAUUUUUUGUUUUGCUGUUUAUAUACAUUAUAAAAUGCGCUAAUUAUUAAUGAAUUAUUAAAAUUACCUAUUUUUAUUUGAAAUAAUUUCAUAUUUAAAACUACACAUUUUUAAUUGAAAGAAUUUAUUGUUUAAAACUUUUUUAGCUUUUCCUGUGAAUGUCAACCUAUUUCGAUUAUUUGUUGUUUUUGCAAAAAAUAACAGUAUUUUCCAUGAUUCAAUAGUUAAUUAAUUUAUUAUUAAAUCAUGAGUAUUUUUAACAUGUUAAAUAUAAUAGAAAUAUGAUGUAUUAUUCCUAGAGUAUUAAAAAUGGAAGUACAUACAUAUUUGAAAAUAUUAAACAAGAACAAUUUAUCCUUCCUGUAAAUUUUAAGCAAGUAUUAGAAUUGGAGGUUUUGGAAAUCCCGUCAAACUACUUUUAUAUUUUGAAAAGUGAACUGUUAAAAAAAGCGGGAUAAUGCUUAAUAAACAUAUCGCUCAUUUA